CGAUCAGUUGCCAAACAAACGCUAGAGAGCGUGGACGAGAUCUUGCCAAACGAAUAGCGCUCAAAGGCAGUACGGGUUGAAUCGGUUCGGUUUGGACUGGAUUGGUGUUCCAAUCUGGCCAAAAAACACCUUUGUGUGUACAGGCACGAUGCCGCGCAAGCUGCUUAAAUUCCUUAUCAUCUUCGACAACACUUCCCUCCUGUACUUCCCGGGCCAGUUCCUCUCCGGACGGGUUCUAAUCGAAUUGCAGGACGAGACACCUGCUUUGGGACUUCAUUUUCAUGUGGUAGGCGAAGGGGUGGUGCGCAACGGGCGCCGACAGGAGAGGACAUACGACAAGGAGAACUAUAUCGACUUUCGGAUGCGACUUCUGGGGGACGUAGACCAAGGAGGUCCAGCCAUACUCUCGCCAGGAAUUCACAGCUUCCCUUUCAAACUCGGCUUGCCGCUGGGUCUGCCAUCUACAUUUCUCGGUCGGUAUGGCUGGAUUCAGUUCUACUGCAAGGCGGCGCUCCGCGAGAACAAUGGUAUUAUCCACAAGAACCACCAGGUCUUUAUUGUGAUGAAUCCCAUCGACCUAAACCUUGAAAAGCCCAUCUUAGCACAACCGUUCACCUGCGAAGUGGAUCACAAGCUAGGCGUCGUCUGCGUUGGCGGAGGUCAAAUAAAAUGCAGAGUGUCCCUUGAUCGCGGAGGGUAUGUGCCCGGCGAGAAUAUUCUGGUCACCGCAUUCAUAUCCAACUACAGUAAUGUGUCCAUUAAACGGACAAAGGCAUCCCUCACGGAGACCAUCGAGUAUUUGGCGCGUGGGAAGGUGGUGCAAACGGAAAAGCGGGAGCUGGCUGUCUUAGUUCGUGGCAAGAUCCGUCCGGGGGCCAAAGACGAGUGGCACAACGAGCUUUAUGUUCCACCCCUGCCGCCGACCAAUCUGCAUGGCUGCCACCUCAUCAAAAUAUCCUACGACGUCUUCUUCGUAAUCGAACCCAAGUCCAUGGAGAAGGAGAUUAAGCUACAGCUUCCUAUCGUGCUUGCGACGUACCCCUUUCGACACUCCGGCGAUGCGGUCAAUGCCAACACCUGGCCGGAAUCGGUGCUUAAGCCGGACACGCACACCCACUAUCCGUCCACCCUACCCAUAUUCCGGCCCUGGCUGCACGAGAAGCCUAGCGAGGCAUAGUCCCAGCUUUUAGGAUUGCUGUGUAUCAUAACUUGUUAAGACCGAUUUGCGCCAUACAACAAUUUAAACUUAUUUAACUCAUACUUAACUUUUUUAAUGUUUCUGGUCCUUGCCAGAAUUUACUUCUGUCCCCAAAAAUUUGUUUCAUGAUUGAAGAAUAUCAUUUAUUUAUGUUUUCUAUAACAAAUACAAACGAAAAUUAACAUAAAGAA